AUGGCAACCCUCAUCACACCCACCCGCCUAACCUCUCUCUUCACCUCCGAAGUCCCCUGGCCCAAGUCCACCCCGCCAACCCCUUCCAACUGGGCUGCCGAGCACUCCAACUUUGCAGAAUACAAAGCCCUCGGCUGGCCCGUCCUCCUCGCCCUCUCCAAGAUCCCUCUACCGGAAGCUCAAGCGCUCGACUGGCUGGCCAUCCUACCCGCACCCACAUCCCCCGACUUCCCCGUCCAAGCGGUUGGCUUGACGGUCCUACUCGACCAGGCGCCACGCCACCUCUGCACGGGCACACACGAGCGCUGGCGGAAUGCGUUCUUCGACCCGCUGGCGCUGGGGUUCGCGAGGCGGCUGAGGGCCCUGCCGGCGUCGCUGGCGGUGCACACGUGGGCGCGCUGGGAGCGCGAGGGCUGGAGCUUCGCGCACUGGAGCGUGCUGUCCAACUUUGUGACUGCGCCGCUUGCGCAUGCCGAGGACCUUGCGGUCCACGAAGGGCUGCUCCUGCCGGAGAUCGCGGCGCGCAGGGCCCUCGUCGAGUCGCACUACGCCGUCAGAGACGAGCUGCACGACCCGCACCUCGCGACCUCGUCCACGGCGACGGCCGAAUUCGCACGCCUGAUACGCGUCGGCAUGCCCCCUGGCGCUGACAUGCCCCGCACCGUGUUCUGGUGGUGUCGCGUCAACGAGGCGCAUACGCCCAUCAUCCGCCGCUUUGCGCGGUAUCCCUACCGCAAUGCGGCGCUGGGACGCGUGUCCACGCCCGCUGAGCUCGAGUUUCUCGCCGCGACGGGGAACUUCGGGGUGGGGCUUGACGGCGAGGAGGCGGCGAGGGUCAGGGCAGACGUGGAAGACGGUAUCUGGACGGCGCUGGGCGAGGAGUGA